UUUUCCUUGCUUUUUUUAACAAAAAAUACUCGAAUUAAGAACAAUGAACCGAAAAGAUGAUUAUGAUUCAUAUGAGAUUGAAGAGCCGAGUGAUGAGGACGGAGCCGGAAGCAGUUCUGAGGAUGAGCUGGAUAUUCUUCUCAGCGGGACCCCGGAGAAGAAGAAGAAGCUGAUCAGAGAGUAUCUGACGGGGGAGAGCGAGUCCUCCAGCGGAGAUGAGUUUGAGAAGGAGAUGGAGGCCGAGCUCAGCAGCACCAUGAAGAGCCUGGAGUGCAGCUGGACAGCAUCUUCAGCUCAAGGUCAAACGUCUGGGACCGGGGACAGCACUUCCACAGCAAACAAGCAACAGACUCAGGAGUAUGACAGCAUUUACUUUGACUCAGAUGAAGAUGAAGAUGGCACAGCUGGCAGCUCUCAAGGUCUGAGGAGCAAGCAGCGCUCCGUUCUCACAAAUGAUGAGCUGUUAUACGACCCAGACGAGGAUGAUCGCGACCAGGCUUGGGUGGAUGCAAAAAGAAAAGAAUACAGAAAUCAGAGGCGGCUGCCAGCAUCAGCAAACAGAAGAAACAAACCACCCGCUGUUUCAAGCAGUGACGCUGUCCUCAACUGUCCGGCAUGUAUGACCACCCUGUGCCUGGACUGUCAGAGGCAUGAGAAAUAUCGGACGCAGUACAGAGCCAUGUUUGUGAUGAACUGCGCAGUGAACAAAGAGGAGGUGCUUCGCUAUAAAACCCCCAAUAAGAGAAAGCAGAACCGGCAGAGGAAGAAGGCCCGUCGGGAGACCACUUCCACAUCCACAGAGGCUGAAAUGGAGUCAAGUGCAGGUCUGACUGAUGCACGCUUGGCAGGGAUGGAUGAAGAAGAGAUAUAUCACUCGGUCAAGUGCACAGAAUGCUCCACUGAAGUGGCAGUGUAUGAUAAAGACGAGGUGUAUCAUUUCUUCAACAUCCUCGCAAGUCACUGCUAAGGACAUUUACUGGACUUAUAAAUACAAACCACAUGUUUUGGUGGGUUUGAUGAUGUGCAUCACCAGGAAACUUUGCUGUACAGUACAUAGAGAGGGAGAGAGAGAGAUACAAGUUUUUUGGGGGGUAAAUGAAUAGGGCUAGACAUGUAAUUUUAUUUAUAGGGUUUUUACAUUUGAUUUAUAUUCUGUUGUUUCAACACUUUCAUGCAACACUUCCUGUAAAUGACAUUUCAUAUUUGCAUAAAGGUUGUUCUGUUGCCUCUCAGAUAUGUUCUUCCCUUUUAUUAAGUUGUAUUUUUAUACAAAAGUAGAGGGCAUGGAAAUGAUUCGAAUUAGACAGUCAUAUUGCUGUAAAAAGCAUUUAUCAAAGUACUUAAUGUGCUCUGAACGUGAACGGUGUCGUUUGAAUGAAUGUUUUCAGUUUGAUUUUAUAGAAAAUUAAAUCCCUAUUAAAUAUGACGGCGGCUUUGUGAAGUAUGCCGAUAUUAAAGGAUUA